CUGCACACACAACUGCACACUGGUCUAAACCAACCUCUGCCAUCUUGGAAAACAAACAAUUUGCUUCCCCUUUUGGAUAUCCAUCAUAGCCCAGGGCAACUUAUGGACAGGAGCAAAAAGGGAAUUUUCUUCUGGCAGCUCCAGUUAUUUACAGCCCAAUCUAACUGCUAUAAGCUGUUAAAUCUUCAGUGAGAAUUCCUGUGCGAUUCUAAGUUUUGACGGAUGUUUGGGAACACUUAUGCAGAUCUCUAUUUCAAAAUGACUGACUGUGGAUCCUAAUCAUUCAUCAGUAUGAUAUGUGAAGUUUCAGAAAAUGAUGAAGUCUUUUUUGCCCACAAGUAUCAUUUGUCCUUGUUCCCAGAAAUAUAAGUUCCUUUGAAUGAAAUGAAAAAUAAUGCUUAUAAACAAUGAUCACAGAAAACUUGAAUGAAAAAUGAAGGAUGAACCAAGGCAUCGUUAUUUCUGCGCUCAUUUUCUUUGCUAUCGUGGGAGACACAACGCUCCCACGCGGGCUGCUGGGCAGCCUGCCUCUCCGGACAGCCGGGUCGGGCAGUAACGCGGCACCUCCCCACGCCGGCUCCGCCCCGCCGCAUCGCGGCGUGCCUCGCACAAGAUGGCGGCGCCCACACUGUCGCGGCGCUGUUGCCGCGCGGCGGAGUUAUUUGGCGCCCUGCGGCGGGCCCGGCCACCGGGAACGCGGCACGUCCACGAGCGGCCGCAGCGGGCCCGCGGCGCCAAGGGGCUGCUGGCGGCGCAGUUCGAGCGCGGCCUCUUCCAGGAGGUGUUCCCGGCGCAGGGCGCGGACGAGCAGCUGGAAGCGCUGCUGGAGCCGGGCCGCCCGCCCGUCGCCGUUUACUGCGGUUUCGACCCGACGGCGGACUCGCUGCACGUCGGGCACCUGCCGGCCGUCAUGGCGCUGCUGCACUUCCAGCGCGCCGGACACACCGUCCUGGCUGUGGUGGGCGGCGCGACGGCGCGGCUGGGCGACCCCAGCGGCCGCGAACGCGCGCGGGAGCCGCUGGAGGCCGAGAAGGUGCGGGCCCACGCGCGGGGGCUGCGCGAGGGGCUGGGGCGGCUGCUGGAGAACCACCGCGCGCUGUUCUGGGCGGCGGGCGGAGGGCGGCCCCUGGGCCGGGCGGAGCUCCUGGACAACGCGUGGUGGCUGGGCCGCGAGCCGCUGCUCGACUUCCUGUGCGGCGCCGGCGGCCGCCUCCGCAUGGGCACGUUGCUAAGCCGGCAGGCCUGCCAAGCGCGGCUGCGCAGCGCCGAGGGCAUGAGUCUGGCCGAGUUCCUGUACCCCGCCCUGCAGGCCUACGACUUCUUGCACCUCCACCGGCACCACGGCUGCCGCGUGCAGCUGGGCGGCGCCGACCAGAUGGGCAACAUCAUGUCCGGAUACGAGCUCGUCACCAAGACGACAGGAACAGAUGUGUUUGGAAUUACUGUGCCUCUUAUUACCAGUACUACUGGAGAUAAACUGGGAAAGACUGCUGGCAAUGCAGUUUGGCUAAACAGAGAUAAGACUUCUCCGUUUGAGCUGUAUCAGUUUUUUGUUAGACAACAAGAUGACAUAGUUGAGAAAUACCUGAAACUCUUCACCUUUCUUCCUCUUGAGGAGAUUGACCACAUCAUGGAAAUGCAUGCCAGAGAGCCUGAAAAAUGGGGCCCUCAAAAGCGACUUGCUGCAGAAGUAACAAAACUUGUUCAUGGCAGAGAAGGGCUGGAAUCUGCUAAGAGGUGCACCAAAGCCCUUUAUCACAGCAGUGUGGAGGCACUGGAAGCUAUGUCUGACCAGGAGUUACAGGAACUUUUUAGACAGGCUCCUUCUGCUGAAUUGAUGCUUGAACCUGGAAUGACUCUGCUUGACCUGUGUCGCAAAGCAAAUGCCAUUCCACAUGGACCUAGUGGGUACCAGAAAAUUACAGACGGUGGAGUUUCAGUAAAUGGGAUUCGUAUAACCAAUCCUGAGACUGUUCUUAUUCUUGGACAGCAUAUUCUCAAGAAUGGAGUAUCACUGCUUAGGAUUGGAAAGAAAAACUACUACAUUAUAAAAUGGCUCACAUUGUGACAAGAAGAAUAUCUUCCUAAAAUUAGAUACCACUUCAACUCUGUUGCUUGAAGAAUGUAAUUGAAGACGUUUCUAUACUGUGCAGCUCACAAACUGCCUAAUAGCAUAGUUUCAGUUUUCAGAAUACAUCAACAGAGUUCAAAUAAAGGCAGCUGAGAUUCUCAACA